AUGGAAAAAGAUGAGAUAAAGAAGACCCAAGAAAUGAAGACUGACCUGAAUUUAUUGUUAGAAUGUCUUAAAUAUCAAAUGGACAACCCAUCUUCACAAAAGGAGGCUUUGGUUACUAUUUAUUCAGUGUGUCAGCAAAACAGUUAUGCAAGUAUUUAUUUUCGAGAGAUUGGUGGUUUGAUGUUUGUAAAAAAUCUUGCCAAGUCAAGCAUUCACAGCAUGGUAAAAGAAGCAGCCUUAUUUACAUUAGGAGCUAUUGCAGAACGUGAUGUUUAUUGUCAGCAAACUUUGUGCACUUCAGAAUUUUUUGAAGACAUUAUUUGGUUUCUAUCUAAGUAUGAAUCUAACAUCAAUUUGAAAAGAAUGUCUGUUUAUGUGAUGUUAGUCCUGGUUUCAAAUAACAGGGCUGGGCAGACUCUUGUGAGAGAAACAGGUUGUGUUGGUAUCCUGCUACAGUUUUUUAGAACAGCUCUUUCCAUGUCUGAGAUGGAUUUGUCAAAUGAAACCAUUUACCAGAAUUAUCAGCUGUGGUCUUCGGUGUGCAGUGCUUUGUGUGCAUGUGUAAAUAAUCCACAGAAUGAUGUCAACCAGAAAAUUUGCAGUUCAGUUUUUCAACAUGCAAAUAAAUGGCUACAGAGCUGUGUAAAACCUGAGAUAAUUCGCCCUAUUUGCUCAUUUAUUUGCCUGACUGUUGCAAAUAACACACACGUACAGGAACAUUUUAUAUCUAUUGGUGGACUGGCCAUACUCUCUGAAGUUCUGACAAAGCUGGAACAUGAUUCCCAUGGGAACCUGCCCAGUGCUAAACUGGCAGUGGUGGUGACCAAGACCCUGGACGCCUGCAUUGCUGACAAUCCUGCUGUUGGGGUAGUACUAGCCAAACAUCACAUUGUAUCCAAGCUUCUGACACUGCUACUUCAUGAGAGUCUGGAUUCAGGAGAACAAUUUAGCAUUAUUCUUGCCCUUGGACAUUGCACAGAAGCUUGUGAAGAAAAUCAGCUUCAUCUAUUUAAGAACAAUGGUCUUCCAAUAAUGAUCCAAGUCUUAACUGAAUCACAGAAUGAGGAACUAAACAAAGCUGCUACCUUUGUGCUGCACAACUGCAAAAAAAUUACAGAGAAAUUAUCUCUAAACCUAGAAGAAUUUUCUUCUAAUAUGAAUGAAGCACAAGAGUUAAAAGAAUUGAAGGUGAGAGAGAGGAAUAUUGAAGACUUCUGGAGGAAAGCAAAAGAAAUUCUUCACAGAAUAAAACAGCUUGAAAAUAAAGAAGAUGAGGAAAAAAUAGAAAGAAGAGAAUUGGUUGGUGAUUCUUUGCCAACGAGCUUAAGUACCCAAAAUACGUCAAAACACUCUAGAGUGGAUAGCAUUGAUAGAGGUACUAAUGCAGAAAGAAGCUGCCCCAAAAAGCAGUGUCAGCCUCAGAGCUGUGAGCCGAAUGCUGCAGAGCGGUGUGAUGGCCCUGUAGGGCAUGAGCCCCAGAACCCAUCGAGGAGUGACAGGGCAAAUCCAGUCAGCGCCUGUUAUAAAAAAUGUGGGCCCGCCAAUGUUCUGAGCACCACUAGUGCGCCAUCGACUGCCAGUGCCCCCAGAAGGCAUAGCUUAUACAGAGGAGCGGCUUGUGAAAAGAGGGCUUUGUCCUUACAAGCAAGAUCUUUUGACAUUACUUUUGACAUUACUGUGCAGUCUGUGGGCUCUCCAUUUGUAAUCUGCUGA